UGCGUCAUUUCCGUUUGUACACUUUUUUUGGGGGGGGUAUUCCUUCUCGGAUGUCCUGUAAAUUACUGGAUUGAGCCUAAAAAAAUAAACGGACCUAAACAAGAACAACGUGGAGAGAAAACAGCGUAGAAAUACGCAUUUAUACUUUUGACAGUUUUGGUCAUUUUAAUUCAAAGAGCAAAUAGCUUGAUACUGCUCUGCUGCGUACAUACUAGAUAGAAGACUAGUGCACCCUGACUCAAACACGCCACCGCAGAAAACGGUCGAAACUCAGGUGCUGGGUUAUUGUAAACACUGACACCCUCCUGACAGUCCAAAUCACUCAGGCCCCCCUCCCUUAACCCCACCCGUUCCCCUCCCCUACCCCCUUCCACGACCAUCCCACCCUUGACUAUGAAUGAGGUCAGCGUAGUCCGAGAAGGAUGGCUCCACAAGAGAGGUGAGUACAUUAAGACUUGGAGGCCGCGCUACUUCAUCCUAAAGAGUGACGGCUCCUUCAUCGGCUACAAAGAGAAGCCUGAGCUGUCCGUCCAGAGCUUGCAUCCACUCAACAACUUCUCAGUGGGAGAAUGCCAGCUGAUGAAGACAGAGCGGCCCAAGCCUAACACAUUCGUUAUCCGCUGCCUGCAGUGGACAACAGUCAUCGAGAGGACCUUCCAUGUAGAAAGCAAUGCAGAGAGAGAGGAGUGGAUGCGUGCCAUCCAGGCGGUGGCAAAUGGGUUGAAGGUGCGAGAGGAGGAAGAGCCCAUGGACCUGUUUGGCUCUCCCAGCGACAACAGCAGCAUGGAGGAGAUGGAGGUGGCCAUGUCCAAGACCCGCUCCAAAGUGACGAUGAGUGACUUUGACUACCUAAAGCUGCUGGGGAAAGGCACAUUUGGCAAGGUUAUCCUGGUGAAGGAGAAAGCCACGGGGAUGCACUACGCCAUGAAGAUCCUGCGCAAGGAGGUCAUCAUCGCUAAGGAUGAGGUUGCGCACACGGUUACAGAGAGCAGAGUGUUACAGAACACCCGUCAUCCCUUCCUCACAACACUGAAAUACGCUUUCCAGACUCAUGACCGAUUAUGUUUUGUGAUGGAAUACGCCAACGGAGGAGAGCUCUUCUUCCACCUGUCUCGGGAUCGCGUGUUCACGGAAGACCGGGCCCGUUUCUAUGGCGCUGAGAUUGUAUCUGCAUUGGAGUACCUCCACUCUCGUGAUGUGGUAUACAGGGACCUGAAGCUGGAGAAUCUAAUGCUGGACAAUGACGGACAUGUUAAAAUCACUGACUUUGGGCUAUGUAAGGAAGGUAUCACGGAUGGCGCCACCAUGAAGACCUUCUGUGGCACCCCAGAGUACCUUGCACCGGAGGUGCUGGAGGACAAUGACUACGGUCGCGCUGUGGAUUGGUGGGGCUUGGGCGUGGUCAUGUACGAGAUGAUGUGCGGUCGGCUGCCCUUCUACAACCAGGACCAUGAGCGGCUGUUUGAGCUCAUCCUCAUGGAGGAGAUCCGCUUCCCCCGGAACCUGGCCCCCGAGGGCAAGGCGCUGCUCGCAGGCCUGCUCAAAAAGGACCCCAAGCAGAGGUUAGGGGGAGGACCAGAUGAUGCCAAAGAUGUGAUGUCCCACAAGUUCUUCACCUCCAUCAACUGGCAGGAUGUGGUAGAUAGGAAGCUGACUCCGCCCUUCAAGCCUCAGGUGACGUCGGAGACCGACACCCGCUACUUUGACGAUGAGUUCACGGCACAGACCAUCACAGUCACACCUCCAGACAAGUAUGACAAUCUGGACUGUGAGGACCCCAACCAGCCAGCGCACUUCCCCCAGUUCUCUUACUCCGCCAGCAUACGAGAGUGACGGUCUCCACCAUACACACACUGGAGAGACCCAUACCGCAUCAGCUCACACACUCGCGUCCACACUUGUAAAAAAAAAAAAAAAAAAAAGACUGCAGUCUUGAGACACCACAGGCUGAUGGAUCUCUGGUUACAGCAGGGAUCUAAGUGCCUAGGCUUGCAGCCAUCUUGUCUUCUCAAACUUCGCCUACACUAUGGUCAUGCACAAAUGCAGCCUGUGAAACGCACAGGACCUCAGUACCUCACGUCGUCAGCAGCAGUAGCACAUCAGCCAUGCACAGGGAGGACUAGAACCUAUAGGUGGCGCUAUAGGACACUACUGCUCCUCAGAUUUGAGGCACUGAUUUCUCAUUUUGUUCUUCUCUCGCUCUUUCUUUCUCCCCUUGCUCCUCUCACACUAACCCAGUAACUCACACAGCUGGGUAGAAGAGGAAAAAUGUCAAACUGAUUAUUUUCAAAAAUGAGAAAAUAUUAUACCACCACCACCCCCAAUCUAAUUGUUACAGUUGAUAAGGAGUCAUAUUCCUGUGAUUUAUUCAAGUGGUCUUUUUCUGGAACUAGCUGUUACCAAUAGUGUUGAAGUGGUUCUACGGGGAGAGGGGGGGGGUACAUUUGUGGUGGUGGUAACAAUUAAGAUGUUUCUCCCUCAAUGUGUUUGACUAUGCUUGGAGAAAAGCGAUACGAAAUUGAAUGUCUGCAUUUCGUGUGUCAGAGUGCGGUCGUGUUUGUGUGUGAGCUAGCUGAUUGACGUAAACUUGCCUGGCGAGUAUAAGUAGAUUAAUUUGCCACGUCACACUACACGGAUGUUUCCGACACUCAAGAACCUACUCUGGAAUAUGAGAAGAUGCAGGACAGAGUACUACCAUUUUAACUGUAAUCCAAUGAAAUGAACUAGUAUUACGUUCUUGUUUCUGACUGCUCGUUGUGAAUAGAACAGCAAGUGCUACAGAGAAAAGGAAUGGGAUUUAGGGAAUCACUGUACAAGGUGUAUAUGUACAUUUUGUAAAACCCUGUUUUUAAUUAAGGACUGGUCUCAACACCUCUGCUCUGAGACACACCAGCCAUAUGAUUUACAAGGGUCGACGAGCACUGGGUCUGCGGUUACACAGGCAGCCCAAUUGAUAUCUUAUGACCAAUCACAGAUAUUUUUCAGAGCUGAUUUAAUUGGUCAAAGGAUCAGAAUUGUUCUACCUGUGUAAACGCAGCCUUAUAUACUUAAGCAGACCUCCUUUUACUCUAAUUAUAAGAUUUGUAUGUUUUAUUGUUAUCUUGUUGCUUCGCAAGUAUUUUAUUUUUUCAAUUGUCAUAAACAUCUGCUGUACUAUCAGAAAUGGCCACACAGGUAUUGAUGAGUGGAUCAGUGAAGAAUUGCCGUUCUGGUCACAACACCAGGUGUGUGUUGAAUGUAAUCACGCCUGCUCUUCGUUGCCUGGUCUCACUGCUGACGGUUGCUGGUCGAGACAAGGAGAUUCAGGUUGUUCUCAAAUAUUCUGUUAGUCAUGUGAGCCUUGUCCAUUGUGUGCCAUUUUGAAAUCAUUUCUGAGAGGAACUUUUCUCUAUUCCACCUUGCUGUUUCCCUGACCCCUUUGAGGACAUUUCUCUCGUUUAAGAAAACCAUUCAUAAAUGUCUAAAUGAAAGUCUGUUUCCCCUGACUUAUUUCAAUUAAAGGAUCUCAUUGUAUGUA